UAAAAGGCGCCGCUGCGACACGCCCCCACCCCCCGCAGUGCAAGUGGUUCAGCCCAAGAACUUUUCAUUCAUAAAAAAGACAAGACUCCGCGAGGCGCGAGUGAGUCAGAACCGCAGCCGCCGACGCGGACCCUACCGAGCAUCCAGCCUAGGGCAUGUACCGAGACUUCGGGGAACCGGGACCGAGCUCUGGGGCAGGCAGCGCGUAUGGUCGCCCAGCGCAGCCCCCGCAAGCUCAGGCGCCAACCGCCCAGCAGCAGAAGUUCCACCUUGUGCCAAGCAUCAACGCUGUGAGUGGCAGCCAGGAAUUGCAGUGGAUGGUGCAGCCUCAUUUCCUGGGACCCGGUGGCUAUCCCCGACCUCUGCCUUAUCCCCAGUACAGUCCCCCUCAGCCCCGGCCAGGAGUCAUACGAGCCUUAGGGCCACCUCCAGGGGUGCGUCGCAGGCCCUGUGAGCAGAUCAGCCCAGAGGAGGAAGAGCGCCGCAGAGUGAGGCGGGAGCGGAACAAGCUGGCAGCGGCUAAGUGCAGAAAUCGGAGAAAGGAACUGACAGACUUCCUACAGGCGGAGACUGACAAAUUGGAGGACGAGAAGUCGGGGCUGCAGCGAGAGAUUGAAGAGCUCCAGAAGCAGAAGGAACGCCUCGAGCUGGUGCUGGAAGCCCAUCGCCCCAUCUGCAAAAUCCCAGAGGGAGACAAGGACACAGGCGGCACCAGCAGCCCGCCAGCUCCCAGCCGCCCGGUGCCUUGUAUCUCCCUUUCCCCGGGGCCUGUACUCGAACCGGAAGCACUGCAUACCCCGACACUAAUGACCACACCCUCUCUGACUCCCUUUACUCCCAGCCUGGUUUUCACCUAUCCUAGCACACCGGAACCUUGUUCUUCGGCACAUCGGAAGAGUAGCAGCAGCAGUGGAGACCCCUCCUCCGACCCCAUGGGUUCGCCCACGCUGCUGGCUUUGUGAGACACCCAGCCGUACCCCGUUGCUGGUACUACCCCUAGUCCAUCUGCCUCCCGUUGAUCCAGCAGGCCUGGACCAUAUCCAUGUCCCAAACCAGCACGUCCUUUAUCCCCCUCAGAUUAGAACGAACGCAUUAUGCUUUGAUGAAGAGCCAGCUUGGGGGGUCCCCAAAGCUGCUCAUUGUUACUCUAGAGCUGGCCUAUCAGAAUUUGCACGAAAUCAGAGACAAAAUACAUCCCCUCUGCCAGAGAAAUCCUGGCAGCCCAGACUUUGUAGCUCUCCCGUGGUCUUUUGGAGCCCUGAUGCCUCGCAGACCACU